UCAAGGGCCAUUGUCUCAACUCCAGUCUGGAGUUCAGGUGGAGGUGGAUGGAAACAAGCUCCUCAUCUCUGGCCUGAAUGUGAGCUUAGCUGAUGGACGUCUGGCUACUCUUCUGGUCUUCUCACCCCGACCCUCCAUUCAGAAACACUUCAGCUCUGUCAUGACAAUUCAGUUCAAGGGACCUUUGAGAAGCCUCUCGGUGGAUGCUCAGACUCAUGAGUGGAAAUCCCACCUGGUGGGGGAUAUCGGGGGCUGGGGGUCACGCAGUGCGUCCAAGGAAGGCAGAUUUACUCUGAAACACAUGGUGCUGGGUCAAAGCAGCCCUGCCUUACAGGUGGAAGCUUGGGGACGGCUGUCUGCCUCACAGUUGAGGUGCUCUGUCGCAGUGAACCCUGAACUCGCCUCUUCACUGGCUCUUAUUAUUCAAGGUCAACACUUGCCUGAGAGCAAGGACCUGAUGGUGAAGGUGGUCCAGAAUAUUCCACAGAUACUCAUCUUCAUCCCAUCUCAACUCACCCUCCGCUCUCAGCUCAAUCAGUCAAGAUCCAGUGUGGGAGCUUUGGUGGAGCUUAACUCGGGGCGGAGGAGGCUGUACAUGCUGGGAGAGCUGGCAGCCAUUGAGAGUGGAUACAGACAGACUGCGGAGCUCAAACACUCGUAUCCCCAGCUGAAGCUUCUGCCCAGGACUGUUGCAGUCAAAACUGUGUACGAGUCCAGAGACUGGAGUUACCAAGUCCAACAUGGAUCCGUGUUUGGAAAUCAGGAGUUCAGCUUGUUUGGGUUGUACUCGUCUCCUCCGACACCACAAUUUGGGAACCGGACCAUUAAAGUCCAGAUCACUUGUGUUCCCCGCUUGACCAGUCUGAAUGCCACGCUGGAGGGUUCUCCAGCGGGUCGCCACGACAGCGUGUCACUGACAUGGAUGAGACAUGGCAGACAAGAGCAGGUGAGCGCUGUCAGCUGGUGGAGUCAAUCCCAGGAGGUGAAUGAGACCAAACUGGAGCUCAAACAACCCUUCGUCUCAGCGGCUCAGCAGAUAUCCAUUCACACACUGUCACGUGGAUCAAUGAGGGAACAAAACAGCAACCAGCAGACCCACGUGUCCUGGGAUAGUGCAGCGCCCGGGAACGUGUCCGUCACACUGAACAAGCAGUGGCGGCUCAACUCCAGCAGGGGGCAGGCCUGCGUUCUGCUUUCAUCUCAGCAGAUGACUCUAUCCACAGUCAAAGGUUGUGUAUCAGUGGGUCAGGAGGGCAACUCUUAUACACAAAAUGCGGAGCUCAGCUGGGAAGACAGAAGGAUCAAACAAGGAAUGAAGUACCAGAAAGCUGCCAGAGGAAUGCAAAGUAUCCAGGUCAACGUCGGCUUCGUCAAUUUGUUCCCUCAUCCAUGUCACUCACGCACACUUGUGGCGAAAAUCCGAAGCAACCUCAGAGAUCGCCUGGAGCACACUGUGUUUUUUGGUCUCUGCCCUCCCGAACCUACCGUGUCUUGGGCUGGAACUCAUCGAGUGAACUCCGGGAAGGAGCUUUUCCAUUCUCGAUCCCGUUUGUCCGUGACUGGGCAUCCACCGCUCUGCAGUCUCACUCUGGCUCUGAUCAACUCCUCCACUGCUCAGAGGACCAACGUGUCUGUCUUCACCGAGUCAAGGGUCGGAAACUGGAGCGUGGAAUUGCAGGGCAGCGCUCUGUCCGGCCCGGUGGGGUCUGGUGUGCAGCUGCAGGCGAUACUGGACGGUAAAGAGAAGAUGUGGCUCAACAGCACAGUCGAGGGAAAAUGUCUUCAGACCACAGCGGGUCUUAAAAACGCAAUGGGACGGAGCGAGAGCGCCACCGCGCUGGUGUGUGUGGGAUCCACUCCGGGCCUCGUGUUUGAUCUGCAGAAAAGGGAUGGUGGCAGUGAACCUAAAGGUUUAGCUAGUUUAUCCGUGGAGACAGCCAGUCAGAGGGUGGUAGUGAGAGCGAGCGGCUGCUUGGAUUGCCUGACUGCACUGGAGGCACGAGUUCAAGUGUUGGACACUCAGCUGCGAAAUAAUAUGCUGGAGAGGAUGAAGGCGUCACUGCAAGUCGUGAGGGAAUUUCAACUCCAGGCAUCCAGAGACGGUCAGUUGCUGCAGGAGCUGUUCGAUCAAGCUCACCGGCAAGCAGAGGCUCUGCUGGUGAGCAGGGAUGGUGAUGUGAUGUCUGGAUGGAAAACCAGUCCCCUCCGCCACUUCUUAACCGUCACGCUCCCUCGCACUCUCGGGCUGCUGCAGCACGCUUCAAUGUUGGGACAACAAGAACUGAAGAGACCUCUGGCCACCCUGGCAGGUGUGUACCAAGAUGUGAAGGGUCAGAAGGUGGAGGCACUGUGGAGGGAAAUCGUGUCAGUGUGUAGGGAAGGUCUGACUGAAGUCCUGACCGGACUUUUGGAAAACCCUCAGCUGAAGCCCCUUGCUCAGGCAGGUGUGGGCGCACUCAGUGUCGCUCUGGAUGUGGCUGGACAGCACACAUACCAGUGGACAGACUCCCGGAUUGCAGCGGCUCUCUUUGGAGUCAGAAAACAACUGGCGUCUGUCUACAGAUUUUCUCCGAGAGACGGUUCAGUUCUUGUGUCCCUGCCGCUGCCCCCCAUCUCCUGGUCGCGGCUGGCUGAAGUGGGUGUGGUGGAGCUUCUCUUAGAGCAGUGGAUUUUGAGGCCCCUGCAGACGCUCCUCUCCAUCAGACCCGCUGCUGAACUCUAUCGCCUGAAGAGGAAAAUCAUGGACAGCCCUUUCCUUCAUCGAGCUGUGGUGGUGGCAGACCAGUUUGUCCUGACGUUCGACGGCCAUCUGCACGCACUCCCAAGCUCUUGCCCACUUCUCCUUUCACAAGACAUCAGCUCUGAUCCCUCCUUCACGCUUGUGCUGAAUUCAGACUCGCAGAAUUUCCUGCUUAUGGAAAUAAACAACAGCUCGAUCAGCAUCCAGAACAAUGGACAGGUGAAGGUUGACUGCAAAGUUGGGACGCACGUAUCACACAGUGGCGGCGGCGUCUCCGUCAGAAGAGGGUCAAACUUCGUCGAGGUGUCCAAUGAGAGCGGCGCAUCCUUGUCAUGUGACCUUACCCUGAGGGUUUGCAGUUGGACUCUCAAUGGAUGGCUCCACGGAAAGUCCGCCGGCGCGUUGGGCACCAACGACAAUGAACCCGGUAAUGAUUUACCGUUGCCUAGCGGACCCCAGGCUGAAAACAUGGAGAGCUUUUACAGUGCUUGGCAGCUAAGUAAGGGAUGCACCAGACGGUCAGCUCCACCAGAGCCUUCCCCUAAAUCUGCCGUAAGCCCAGUAACAUGUGGCUUGCUUUUCUCUUCUGCUGAUUCUCCACUGAGUUCCUGCUUUAAAGUUGUGCACCCGGGCCAGUUCCGUCGGGCCUGUGAGACGAGCUCACCGAACGCCGCUUGUCGAUUAGCAUGGGCUUUCGUCCUGCUCUGCCAGCAGAACUACGUCCCCUUAAAUCUUCCUCCACAAUGCGCAAGAGCAUGACUGCUGUUAGGUUUAUGGGGCGCACAGUGAUUUAUGACGCACGUUAGCUGCUAAAAGAGACACUUUUAUGCCACUGCCUCUGUUACACCACAUAUGUUUAGGUUUUGGACGUCCAUGUGACCUGCAAUUACCUCGGUUUAUACCCAUAAUGUGAAUCGACUAACCUACUGUUUUGUAUGAUGCAUUUGCUCCUAACAAAAUCAAACAAAAAAAU